GAUCUCGCUUUCCUCCGAUUCACGGUGGCUCGGCGACUACCUGAUCUCUUAAUUUUACGUUCUUGUUGUUGCUUGUAAGCUCUCUUUGUUCAUAAUUUUUUUCUUGAAAGUGAUUUGUGUACACAGGCCAAUGGCGUCUUCGUCGGAUUCAUGGAUGAGAGAAUACAACGAGGCUUUAAAACUAGCUGAAGAUAUAAACGGAAUGAUCUCAGAAAGGAAUAAGUCUUCCUUAACAGGGCCUGAUGCUCAGCGUCGUGCUUCAGCUAUACGAAGAAAGAUCACAAUUUUCGGAACCCGUUUAGAGAGUCUCCACUCUCUUCUCUCCAAAAUCCAUGGAAAGCCCAUUUCAGAGAAGGAGAUGAACAGACGCAAGGAUAUGAUUGGGAAUUUGAGAUCGCAGGCGAAUCAGAUGGCGAGUGUUUUGAACAUGUCAAACUUUGCUAAUAGAGACAGCUUGCUUGGGUCGGAGAUAAAGGCGGAUGAUAGCAUGAGUAGAGUUGCUAGCAUGGAUAACCAAGGGAUUGUUGGGUUUCAGCGACAAGUUAUGAGAGAACAAGAUGAAGGACUUGAGAAGUUGGAGGAAACAGUGAUGAGUACUAAACACAUUGCUUUAGCUGUCAAUGAGGAGCUUGGUUUGCAGACAAGACUUAUUGAUGACUUAGACUACCAUGUGGAUGUUACUGACUCUCGCUUACGGAGAGUGCAAAAGAACCUUGCUGUCAUGAACAAGAAUAUGAGGAGUGGUUGUUCUUGCAUGUCAAUGCUCUUGUCAAUGCUCGGGAUUGUUGGUCUUGCUGUUGUGAUAUGGCUGCUGGUUAAGUAUUUGUAAUCCCAACUUCAGAGAACUUAUAAGUUUCUAUCUAGUUCACUCGCUGCCUCUGUGUGAAUGGUCUCAGUAUAUCUACUGGUUCCACAUUUGUGAUUUUCAUUCCUCUUCUGUUGUGAGAACCUUAAUAAGUAUAUAUUAUGUGUUCAGUUUUCUCAA